GGUCAGAUGUGAAGGAUGUAUUUAAGAAGAUGAAUGUGGCAGCAAUGUGGAGACCCAAGAUGAAUAACACGGCAGCUAGUCCAAUGUCUACUGCCACUUCAAGCAGUGGGAGAAGUACAGGGAAGUCUACAAGCUUUGCAGCAGAAUUACAGAGUAUGAUGUUUUCUUUAGGUGAUGCACGGAGGCCUCUUUAUGAAACAGCAGUUUUGGUAGAAGAUGUGGUACACACUCAGUUAAUUAAUCUGUUACAGCAAGCUGCUGAAGUUUCUCAGCUACGAGGAGCAAGAGUAAUCUCUGCUGAAGAUCUUCUGUUUCUGAUGCGUAAAGAUAAGAAAAAACUUAGAAGACUGCUAAAAUACAUGUUAAUCCGAGACUACAAAUCGAAGAUUGUCAAAGGCAUAGAUGAGGACGAUCUUCUAGAAGACAAAUUGAGUGGAAGCAAUAGCGUGAAUAAAAGACAAAAAAUUGCUCAGGACUUUCUCAACUCUAUUGACCAGACAGGAGAACUUUUGGCAAUGUUGGAAGAUGAUGAAAUUGAUGAAGUUAAACAAGAAAGAAUGGAGAGGGCAGAAAGACAAACUCGAAUUAUGGAUUCAGCUCAGUAUGCAGAAUUCUGUGAAAGUCGCCAAUUAAGUUUCUACAAAAAAGCUUCCAAAUUUCGAGACUGGUUGGACUGCAGCAGUAUGGAGAUAAAACCCAAUGUUGUUGCUAUGGAAAUUUUGGCAUAUUUAGCAUAUGAAACUGUGGCACAGCUAGUGGAUCUGGCUCUUCUUGUGAGGCAGGACAUGAUAACCAAGGCAGGAGAUCCCUUCAGCCAUGCCAUUUCUGCAACCUUCAUUCAGUAUCACAACUCUGCUGAGGGAUCCUGCAUGAAGUCCUGCCCAGACUCCCCUGAGAACACACCUCCUCCUACACCGACAGCUCCAUCAUCUGGAUCACAGCAUGCUGCAAAAACUACGUCAGGAUCUCUAGGGAAUGGAAGUGCUGGACAAGACUCGGCUAAAACUAAGCAAAGGAAAAGGAAAAAGAGCACUGCGGCCUGUGGUGUUGAGGCUCACAGCGAUGCCAUCCAGCCCUGCCACAUCAGAGAGGCCAUUCGACGCUACGGCCACAAGAUUGGCCCCCUUUCCCCAUUCACAAGUGCCUACCGCAGGAGUGGGAUGGCUUUUCUGGCCUGCUGAUGUGACUGUGACCGUGCCUGCAACAACAGAAGAGACCAUGUCAUAGGAAGGCGAUUUCUUGUCCCUCCCUGGACAAAAUAAAAUACAAGUUUACAUGCUCCGUAUCCUAGGGAGUAGGCGGGCUUGUUGUGACUAUGGGCUGGCUGACUCCUGCUCUCCUCCAGCCCCCUCACUGCCUUAGUCUUGUUUACUAGCUGGGGCGUUUAGCUAAUUAAUGGCAGGAUGUUUGGGAUAGGGUGUAGGUGGAAUGCAAAUCACACAAUUUUUGAAAUUUUAAUUUGGAAUGGAAUUACUGCCCUUAGCUCACAUAUCUUAAAAGCAGUGCCUUCCCAGCCCCCACCCAGUGUUUAGUCUAUGUUUUAUUCGCUACAUUCUAUAAUCCAGGUUUGGGACAAAGGAAACAACAUUGUAAGGACAGUUUUCCUCUCCCACCCACUUCACUUGCCAACAUUCAUUGACUGUAUCUACAUGUAUUUUGGAGACAGUUGUCCACUUUAUAAACUUACUCUGAUUAAAGAUCUGGUAGGCCUGAUGAACCAACUGCCUUGUUCUCACCAUCGCUAACCCCUCACCCCACUUUUUUACAUGGGCCAAUUUGAUGCCUUUUCCACUGCUUCCUGCCAUAUGCCUAGCGCUUGUUUUCCAUCACAUGGAACCUCUUCCUUCGUAUCUCCCCAUCCCUUUUCUCCAAUCCUGAGGCCCCCAUUCCUACACAUGCCAUUCCUGUUUAGAAGCAAAGUAAUCAGAUUCAGUACAAGGGGCAGAGUGACUGACUUCCACCCUUCGAAGCACUGCCACACCUAGACUGGAAACAGGCUGGGUAGUUUCUUGCUGGUAACACCUGAGCUACCUUUGGCAUGGCUAUUUUCUCCAAUAAAUGAGGAACUGUCUCUUGAGAGCAAACUGAAAUCUAGCAGAUGUAAUAGUACAGUUCCUGAUUGAGCUUGACUUGUAAAAACUGAUUUUUUUUCUUUAAUUCUACUGUUUCUGAUCAUUUUACUUUUAUCAUGGUUUUGGCACUCACUGAAACAGCCUUUGUGAGGAAUUAAUUUAAAAAACGAAAUGAGAAGCGUGAAAAAUGUUGAUGAGAAUCAUUAUGAGUCUCAGUUAAUAUGAUUGUGUUAUGUUAUUCACAUUCAUUAACUCUCAUUACCUGUUCUAUGUGAAUCCUUUUGGAAAAACUCAGUCAAAAUGAAUCAAAAUGUAAACUUGCCACAGGAUCUGCGCUUGUUGAAAUGUAUGAUUAAAAUUUUCUUUUUAUCAUCAUUCUUAUUUUCCUUGGCAUCCCUAGUCAUGGAAAAUUAUAAGCUUGCAGUAAACAUCUUAACUUUUAAAAUGACAGCAUUUAUUGUAUUUGGUUUUGAUCUGCCAGGCUUAUAGAUGGUAUAAAAUGUUCAGGGGCUAAUUUUUCACAUCAAAAUUCCUUCUCUCCCACAUUACACAUUUUAAAGUAUGCACACAGCAGAAAAGACAUGGCUUAGUUUUUUCCCUUCAUUUCAUUCUACCUGAUCUCCUCGUAGUCCCAGAGAAGGAAGACUCAAUGUACAUUUCUCUCAGAAAUAUGACAGGUCUGUGUUUUUGUUGGUCUGGCGUAUGUUUGUCUAUCUUGAACAGUCUGACAGGUAAUUAUUUAUAAAAUCUGGUUUUGUCCAGAGAGUUCAUGUAAUAACCUUUCACUUUUCAUCAUAAGCCAGUGAGCUGAAUUUAGAAUAAAACAAGGUCAUUUAUGUCUGUCCUGAGCCAGCCUACAUGUCCCCACAAUCGCUCAAUAUUAGUAUUUUUAAUUCUUUCUCUCUCUCUCUCUCUCUCUCUCUUUCUCUCUCUCUUUUUCUUUUCUACACUUAGGUUCUUUCUCUGGUUCUUUCCACAACACUCAAUUUGAAGUGAAAUAAAAUUUCCUUAGCUAUAUAAAGAAAGUCUCAGAAAAUAUGACUUCAGUAAAUUAUUCUGUCAAGAUUAAAAUGUCCCGUAGAAUCGUAUGCUAGAGCAAAAGAUGGUCUUGCAGGUCAUUAAGAACAACCACUCAUCUUACAGAUGAACAAAACCAUGGCCUCAUCAGGGAAAGUAACUUUCCCCAAAUCACUUACUAAUGGCGGUGACGGACCAGAGACAAGAAUCCACGGUUCUUAAACUUCAGGCCAAUAUGACGCCCCACCAUAAUUGGUUUUUAGAAGAAUAUUGCCAAAUAUGCUGGGGUUUUAUAGCGUAUGUAUCGUAGACAGUAAUGUAAAUUUAUAAAAAAAGAUACUUGUAUGGAUAUAUCCUAAAGCAUGAGUGCUAUAUAUUACAAUUUUUUUCAAAGGGACUCUGUUAUUAAUUAAACGACCUUUGUUCUCUUAACACAUCAGUCUCAACUUUAAACCAAAUGUGGCUAUGAAGAACUAGUUUCUAUAUUUUGUCCCUAUGUUUUAGAGAUUAGAUUUGAAACAUAAAUAUAUCAACCAGCAAAUAAAUAUCUGUAAACUGCUCCUCUUAUAGGAAAUUGAUACUGACCCCUAGAUUUAAGAGUGAAGGAAACAGGGCUGUUUCUCCUGUCCCCUGCAUUUGGAAGUGUGACUUUCAGAACAUGCCACUUUCAGGUUAUGUUAUUAACCCUCCUGCCCUUCACAUAUUAUAAUAGCUGACACUGAUUCAAAAAUAGUGUUCCAAUUUUAAACCAAGAGUUUUUAUUUGAAAACCAUCAGAAACACACGUAUUUUUAAAAUGGUGUAUGUAAUUCCCGUAUCUGGGGAGAACGCUUCAUUUAUUACUGUUUGUUCUUUAUUUUUAUAAAAUAAUAAACAACUCAUGUUUAAUACCUUUACCACAUGGAAGACAAAUAAACAUAACUGGUGAUUCUUGGUCUGAAAAAAAAUAAAUACGACAAAUUUACUUGUCUAGAAAUCAUAAAGUUUAAUUUUAUGAAUUUUUUAAUACAGUUCCCAAAUCAGGCAUUGCCUUCCGGUUUAUAUAAUCCCUUGUGUAAAACUGAAUCACUACAGAGAAUGUAUUCUCUCAUCUGCCCUUCUGCAAUUUAGAUAGACCCUUCCCAGGUUGCAUUUAAAAUUCUACCAUCAAGCAUGUAUACAUCUCAUAAAAUAUUUUACGGUUUCCUGUAUGCUCUGGCUGAACAUUUCAUAGUACAUAAACACUUCUGCAAAUAAUCUUAGGGCAUCAAGUUGAAUAUGUCAUAGCAGUGGCCCCCACAUAAAGCUAAUUCUCCAGCAGUAUAUUUUCUUGUUUUUAUCUUCUUAUUGAAAUCCAAGAUGAAACUUUUUAUGCUGUUGUUAUAUAGUGGGGCAGGGAGGGGUAAGGGGAAUCCAGCAGUUUUUGUGGAAUUGUGUUCAUUACAGCAAAGGCUGUUCUGCAGAGGGCAUCAAGCCAAGCUUAAACAACAAAACCAUGCCUGCAGGAAUUGGAUAUAAAUGUGAUGGUUAAAUAAGGGCCAGAUGCCUUUAAAAACUGAAAUAUUAAAAAGUCGUAUCUCUUAAGUAAGUCUCAAGUGUUGUGAGUAGGGUAGUGAUACCACGGCACUUAAAAAAAAAAGGGGGAGGGAAGAGAGAGUGACUUAUAUUUGUUUUAUAGAACGAAAUAUCAAGUAUUCAAGCUGUCAUAAGUCAUGGCAAUGUUGGCAAUUGAAGCAUAUUUUAAAAUAAUCAGUUCCUACAAAGUUACAAGAAACCCACAUACACUAUUUCAUUGUUAGAGACCACUGUCAUUCUGCAUAGAGCAGUAUAUUCACAGUCCUCUUUCUGCUCAUCACCACCCAGUAUUCACUAAUCUCAGCUUUUACAAAGGAAAGGAAUAUCAAAAAAGAGACAAGGAAAAGCAAGUACCAAGAUGAUGAAAUAUAGUUUUACUUCAUCAGGUAGCACUCUACUUGCUAUAAAAAAAUGAUACAUUGUCGGGACCAGCAGUUAGCAUAAUGGCUAUGUCGCUGGACUCCCA